AGAAAUUGUCCCGGGAUAUAAGGCGCUGGUGGACCAAGAAUAUCCUGCGCAGGACUGUGAACCUUGAUCUGUCUCAUGUCGCUAUGGUUAAAUCGAUCGUCGCGAUGAUAUUUAUCUCUGGUGGUCGCUACUUCGUGCGUAGACCGGAAGAAAAGCAACUCGAAGCUGAAAGAAAAAACACAAUUGCCGUUUAUCAAUUUUCCGAGACGAGGAAAAAACAAAACGAUUCAAGAUCCAGGAUACUUCGUCGACACGUUGCAAUGACGUUGGCGUUGUCGAGGAUAGAUUACACGACGGUUGGUGUUACCUCACGUGGCACAACCGUUAUAUUUCCGCCUAACGAAGCGACGAAACAGCCGCAAAAAUUCGCCGUCGCGGAUCACGACGGCAUACUUCAUAUCUACGGCGUGAAAAAAGGAGAGCUACAGUUGUCAUUCAAAUCCCUGCCCGGUCCGAAGAUUCACAAGAUGGUCCUGGGCGGAUCGUUAGAUAUGACGAGGGACAAGAUUUUUCUGGCGUACGGUAACUCGGUGAAGGGAUUCACGAAAAAGGGCAAAUUGUUUUUAGAGUUCGAUACCAGUCUAAUAGAUCCAAUUUCCGCUCUAUACGUUCUCGGUCCCGAUCUCGCAGCUUGCGCGCGUGAUCUUUAUCACAGGUAUCGGGAUUGCAAAGACGCCGAUUCUUAUCUGGCCGGAGAAACGUUGCACGAUGUCGUGCUCUUGUCGGGAGACUACAACGUGGUGUAUGCCAUCCUCGCUUGCGCAGAUUGCGCGGUACGCGUUCUGCACGGCACAACAAGUCCGACGGUUCUGAGAUUACCAAGCGCUCCCACGGUGCUUUCGGUGUAUAGAGAGGGAGAAUUAUACUCCAGGGAUCGCGUCUUAGUCGGUACUGCGGAUGGUAGAAUCGGACUUUUGAUUCUCCAGAGUAAUAAAACUCUCCGAAUCACCUGGUUGCUAACUUCGACGGGUUCGGGAAUCACGUCGCUGGAUACUUAUCAGUUGCAAGAUGGUAUAGAUAUUCUCGUAGGUCGUCAGGACGGUAUCGUUGAAGUGUACACGUUUCCCGAUGAGGAUAUGACAUCCACCCUGCGCUAUCAUUACAACGCCGGCGAAAGUAUCAGUACAGUUGUGGGUGGAAUUAUUGGGAUUGCCAAUUAUCCCGAGGUACUUGUUACGACUUAUUCCGGCCGAGUGUUCGGAUUGACUACGAGUCCACCUGGUUUGUUGGAAGCGGGUCAGAGCGACGUUGGCAUGGCCCGACUGAAACAAGAGAUACAGCAACUCCAGGAGAGGCUCAACGAGGAAAAGGAGUCGUCCGGUUUUAUGCCGGACCCUCUAGCACCCUUGAUCCUAGCAGUAAAUUACAAGAUGAUGCUGAACAAAGAGGACGCUUCGUAUUCUUUAUACGUGGAGCUGGACGCGUCGAUCGACAAUGUUCUGAUACAAUCAGAUACGCCUGUCGAUCUUUUAGAAACGGAGAAUAAUAGCGCGGUGGUCAGUCUGUCCGCCUGCGAUCCCAGAGAGGGCAAUUUUGUUCUUGCCACUUACAGAUGCCAAAUUAACACGAAUCGUCUGGAAAUGCGAUUCAGAUCCAUCGAAGGUCAGCCGGGUACUUUGCAAAUUUACGUAACAUCUCAGGUGCAGCCAAAACGAUGUCGCAAAAUUUCCGCGCCUAUUUACGCAUUGUCGCUGCACGUCCGGCAGUACGAAGAAAACGACGCCACGCAGCUUAGCGGUCCGUUUAAUGAAUUAAAAUUAAAUGGCAAUUUCACGAUCGCUGAGAUGCACGCGUGGCUUUCAAUGGCAUUGCCAGACGUGCCCGAAAGGCCUCACAUUCACGAGAACGAAGCUGUUUUAACAUACGUCUCAUCUUUCAUCGGAACAGUUCUCAGAUGCAAAUACAAGAAAGGAAGCGCGCUUUUUCUCGGCGAGAACAUAUCCAGCAUCAUAAUUCUCAGAGACAUAUUGACCAAAGAGGCGACAAAGCGAAAGAUCAAACUGGACGUAUUUUGCGAAGUAGCAGAAGGAAGUAUAUCCAGAGUUCUUGAGCUGAUUCUCCCGCGACUGAACGCAACUCACGAAUUAAUCGAGAAAAUAAACAUUCUGGACGCUCUCGAUGAGUGGGAACUCAAAUCGAAUCCCCGGGAGAAUUUGUGUUCCGAAUAUCAGGAUUUGUUGCAAAAGGAGACAGAGAUAAGAUCGCUUCUUGCGAAAGAUGCCGAGAUUCUGAACAGAUUGCACGCGAUUAUCACGGAUCUGUAUGUGGAUUGGGAAAGAGCUAAACGAUCUCGAAGAAUCAGCGGCAAGGAGGCUGCGGCAAAACUCAAGGACGCUCUCGAAUCCAGAGACCAAGCUAUGCUCUUGCAAGUUUUCAUCGGCAAAACGGACACGACUGUGUCGACCAGUUUUCUACCUGCGGCGAUUUAGAAGAAUAACACGCGCGGAGAGUGAAAAAGAAACGUCGACCAAUAUUUAUUUCUGUGUUUAUAAACUAUAUUUUUGUUUUCAAGUAAAAAAUAGAUUUUUUUUUUUUUAACGACGUACACAAUGUAUAACUCGCUAAAUUGCCUAGACUUGUAAAUGUACAAUAAUGGUUUAGCAUUUAUCUAUAUAAUACGUGUAUAUGUAUUUUUAUAUAGACAUAAAUGACAUGUUUUUUUUUUUUUUUUUUACAAAUCUUGCUCUCCCUCAUUCGGCAAACUUGAUUGACUGUUGUAUCCAAUCUUGAAUAUAUUAUAAAUAAUUUAUUUCCUUCUCGAAGAUAAAAGUAAAAAGAUAAUAUCUUAUAU